AUGCCUCCAAUCAAGAUGGAGGGCGUCAAGGCCGAGCGGCCGGAUCACAACUUGCAUGACCUGCCCAUGAGCCCGGACACGGCUCUGCAGCAUUCGGUAAGAUGCUCAAAUUCGUCGGCGUCCGCCGCUGCUCCAGCCUCGGCAACUGCUCAGCCCAACGCCCUUGUCCAUUAUAUCAAGCCUGAGCCAGCUUCCAUUACAGCCGUCAAGCAAGAGCAAGCUGAGCCCAUUGUCAAUUCCGCCAUUCCAGCCAACGAUGCUCCAGCUUCUAUCGAAGAACGUGAGCAGCCUGCUCCUCAAGAUGAAAAACCUCCCCCCCAUAUCCUUGAACAAGGUGUCAAAAUCGGCUUGGAGGUCCUCGAAAGUCUCAAGGUUCCCCUCAGCCUCACUGUUUCCCUCCCAGGCACGCAGGCUAUGACAUGGGUCAAGGCGAUUGAAGACCUCAAGGCCCGCUCUCGGCCGUCCAAAACAAUUGUUGGUGUCGUGGGCAACACAGGCGCUGGCAAGAGCUCUGUCAUCAACGCCUUGCUCGAUGAGGAGCGACUUUUACCGACCAACUGCUUGCGUGCUUACACCGCUUCUCCUACCGAAAUCUCCUAUAACGAUUCUGAGAAACCCGAGGAGCUCUAUCGCUCAGAGAUAGACGGCAACAUUUCACACGAAUGCGCCAACGAGGACAGCGAGGCUGGCAUUGCCUACGCCAAGAUCAAAUCCGUUUACCCCAACAAAACAAAAGAGAUGAUCGCCCAAAGCGACCCUGACCGAUUGGCCAGCGAGCCUGCUGUCGCCCGUGUUCUUGGCAGCGUCAAGAAGCUGAGGGCACCCACGGCCAAAGACUUGUAUGCAAGCAUGCAACGUUAUGUGGACAGCAAAGAGAAGAACCCGCACAAGAAGGACGUCCCCAUGGAAUUUUGGCCCCUGAUUAAGGUCGUCCGGAUAUUCACCAAGGCAAAUGCCCUGUCCACUGGUGCCGUCAUUGUAGACCUUCCCGGUGUCCAGGACUCCAACGCAGCUCGUGCCGCUGUGGCACAGAACUACAUGAAGGCAUGCACCGGUCUUUGGAUCGUGGCUCCGAUCAACAGAGCCGUCGACGACAAGACAGCCAAAUCACUGCUGGCUGUUACAUUCAUCUGCUCCAGAACCGACGACAUUUCAGUGACUGAGGCUGCCGAAAGUCUCGAUAUCGAAUCUGACAUCUCUGCCUCUUGGUCAAAGAUCGAGAAGCUACGCGGUGAACUUAGAGAACGCAAGAAAAUGCUCAAUGACGCCAGGGAGGAGAAGUCGGACCUCGUUGACGGCCUCGAGCAAAUCGACACGCUUUGGGAUAAGUGGGACGACCUCUUCAGUAAACACGCGGAUGGGCAGACCGUCUUUGCCCCCUCAGAGAGCAGAAAACGCAAACGUGGAGCCACUUCGUCCAAGAGUCGGAAACGCAAAUCGUCUUAUUCCAGUAGCAGUGAGUCAGAUGAUGAGGACUACAACUCGGAUAGUGAUGAGGAAAACAACCCCGACAACCAGAACCGGCAUCCUUUGACGGAGGUUAAGAUCCAGGAGAAGCUAGCUGAUCUCAAGAACCAGAAGAAGGAAAUUCGCCAGAGGCGCAAGGAGGUGGAUGCUACGCUGUCCAACAUUCGGCAGGAGAUCAAGAACAUUCAGGCAGAGGAAGAGCGGCUGCUUGGAGCAGCCAAGGCGGUAUGUAUCCAGGGCAGAAAUACCUACUCAAAGGGUGCCAUUCAGCGUGACUUUGCCAUGGGUAUCAAGGAGGAAGCUAAUUUGUGUAGGCUGGAUCAAGAGGCUGCAAUCGAGGAAGAUGAAGACACAUUCAAUCCCGAUGAGGACAUCCGUGAUUACGACAAGGUCGCUCGGAACCUGCCCGUCUUCUGCGUGAGCAGCCGCGCUUACCAGAAGAUGCGGGGACGGUUGCAGAAGGAUGAUUUCAACAACGAUGGUUUCCGAGAUGUCAACGAAACAGAGGUUCCUCAACUCCAGCAGCACGCCAAGAAGCUCACUGAAGGCGGCCGCGCUGCUAGUGGUCGUCGUUUCCUAACCGAACUCAGACAACUGCUCAACUCAAUGAAAAUGUGGGCUGCCAACGAUGGAUCGCGGUCUCACUUGAGUCGACGAGAGUUGCAGAGUGAGGGGACCCGUGACUUUGCUAAAGCAGUUGAUGACUGCAUCGCAUCCGUGAAAGACGCGCUCUCGGAGAGCAUCUACGACUACUUUGACUUGUCGAUUCCGAUGGCAACCAGUGCGGCUGGCCCUAUAGCAUCUGGCUGGGGUGCUCAUCGCAGCGAGGGUGGGAUGUUUUGGGCCACCUACAAGGCAACCUGCCGCCGGGCGGGAGUCUGCACCGGCGCGUCUGGUCCUCGCGACUUCAACGCAGAGCUGCUCGAGCCAAUUUCUCGCCAGCUAGCGAGUGGCUGGGAGCGAGCUUUCCAACGUCGACUGCCAUCGGCCUUUGAGGGCUUCGCUAUGAACGCUCGUCUUCUACUCGAGGCCUUUCACGGCAGCGUCAUUGCACGAUCUCAAGAGCUAGGUGCCGAUUACAACGGCAUCAACAUGCUGAGUACGCAAUUGCGAGCUCACACCGCCCGGCUCCGGGAGAUCCCUGGGACACUUCACACCGUCGUUCAAGAGUUGCAGCGUGAGGCUAGCCGCGGUUUUCAUCCUGUCGUUCAACAGGAGAUGCAACCGGCUUAUGAUAUUUGUAUCGCGGAGUCAGGCCCUGGUUCCUACGCACGCAUGAAAUACCAAAUGGUCAGCCACGUCGAGACCUCCCGCGAUACCAUGUUCCGCCGCUCCACUGAUAGCGUCAAGGAGCAGCUUGAGGGCCUAUGUCGACGACUCCAGGACGAAUUGACCACGCAAGUCCAGGAUAUCUACAGCUUGCUUGCUCGUGACUACUUGCAUGUUCUCAUUGGCGUCGACAAAGACCCCAAGCCCACCGGCCUUCCUCGUGCUGAGCGACUGCUGCGGGCAGAGAUGUACCAUAAGCUGGAGCAGACCGCUAAACGUUUCGCCAGGCCUGGUCUGGGCACGAUCGAAGACCCCGCAAACAUUCCCGGCGGGGGCGAUGGUGACGACCCGUUUGCGGACUCGGCUAUAGCUGAUAUGGACGAUCUCUUAUUAGCCCAGCUUUGCGGAUGUGGAAAGUUCCACAGCCCCAACAGCGAACACUCCUAUUCUGAGCCUUUCAUCAAUCAAAACGAUGGAUAUGCAACCUCAACUACAAUCCAUCACAAUUUCCAUGUGGCUAUAAGCCUUGGCAGAAAGAAUCCGUUUAGAGAAUCUGCAAAUCAUACCCCAUUAGCUCGUUCAUCGUCAAACAGUAGAUUAAUCAAGAAAGCUCACCUCGCAAACACCCCACUUGCCCAACCCAGAACAUCCGCAAGAAGUACUGCCCUGGCAAGGCGCGGCGUUCCAGCUUCCCUUGGCGUCGCCGUUGCAGACGCACCAGGAGCCGGCGAUGACGCUGUUGCAGCCGCAGGAGGAGGUGGCGGCGCAGGAGCAGAGAACGUUGACGGGGGCUCGCUCUUCGAGAGCGUCGACGUUGAAGUCCGUGUUGGCGUCGGCGACGGGGGAUGCGAGGGCCAUGGUGGCGAGGGAAGUGAGGAGGAGGGCGGUGAAGCGCAUUUUGGUGGUUUGAAAGAGGUUGGAUUUGGGAGUUAUGGGUUUGGUUGAAGGGUGAAUGUGAAGAUGGUGGUUGACCUUGUGAAUUGAACGGUCCGUUGACAGACUGACUGGCUCUUCUUAUACAUCUCGAUAUGUUGCCAUCAGUUACCGAGAUGUUGUCAUCUUUCACAUUGUCUGAACAUCCGUUGAAGGAUGCGCUUCCAAGUGGAACCAAAGGAUGCAAAUCCCCAGAAUCAGAGCAAAAGCUGGUGCCUAGAUAGUCCUUGACAGAAUAUGGGUAUGCAAUCAUAGUUUGGCCCGGUUUAAAGCCAGAACUCAAGGGUUGUUGUCAAAUUGUGGACUACGGGUAAGGGAUAGGAGACCACAAAUCUCAACACGUGGGGUGAUGCUGAGAGGUUCCAUAGUAAGCUGAUAGACGGCCUCGUGGGGUCGGAUGCAACGCAAUUACGGUACGGGAGGAGUAGAUCAAC